AAUUGGAAAGUAUUAAAGAAAAUAUUUUAUCAUCAAUUUUGAACUUCAAACUCUAUUUGAUUGCUAGCUUACUAAAAGUUCUUCAAUUUUGAUUGCAAGAUUAUUUUAACUUAGCUUUUCUAGUAAUUUUGUGCCAAACAAGCACAUUCAUUAUAACUGGAAUGGUUUAACAGUGACACCAAACUUAGCAACAAAUCAGUUCUUUCUCCCAAAAGUGACACAAAGCAAUUUGAAUAGACAAAUAGAAAACAAAAUGAGAAAAAGAGGGUCUCUUGUUCAUUAUUUUUUUGCAGUUGUUAUGCUUAUGUGCAUGUUCAGCAGCAUUGUUCAUGGACAACAAUACACUGAGGAAACUGAUUCAAAUGUCACUGCUAAUGUGAGAAAUGGCUCACUUGUAUCAGCAUUGUAUGUAUUAGGGGAUUCCUCUGUGGAUUGUGGAGACAAUACUCUGUUCUACCCUCUGCUUCAUGGUCGUCUCUCUCUGUAUUCAUGUAACGGCUCGGAUUCCACUCUUCUUCCUCAAUUAAUUGCUGAGAAGAUUGGAUUGACAUCAAUCCGACCAUUUUAUAGUCAAAAUGGAUCUCUGGAUGAGGUUCUUGGUGGUCUCAACUUUGGUUCAACACAAGCUACAAUCAUGAACCAGGGAAGCUUCAGCCACCAAUCUCUCAACCAACAACUUCGCCAAGUCUCCGAGAGCAUGCAGCUGCUGCAACUGCAGCUAAACGAAAAAACCGCUCUCGAAUUUACAAAAUCUUCAAUCUUUUUCCUCUCCUUUGGCAAAGAAGAUUACAUUGAUCUAUUCCUGCACAACUCUUCCAGCCAAAUGUUAAACCACAGUGCACGUUAUUUCGCGACCAUUUUGGUCAAUCAGAUGACAAAUGCCUUAAGGUAUCUUUAUGAUGCAAAUGCAAGGAAAAUAAUUUGCUUAGGAGUUCUGCCUUUGGGAUGCACACCGCGAAUAGCAUGGGAGUCGAAUCAGACAUCGGAUGGUGAUUAUAAUGUAAAUGGUUGUGUAGACCAUGUCAAUGAGUGGGUCUUGGAAUACAAUAGAUUGCUGGAUGAACAUAUAGUCCAGCUUAAUGCAGAAUUUCCUGAUGCUCAUAUGGUGUUUUGUGAUGUAUACAGUGGAAUGCUGGAGAUUAUAAACAAACCAGGGUUUUAUGGUUUUGAAGACACAAAGAGUGCAUGUUGUGGACUUGGUGUUAAUGGUGCAACGAUAGGGUGUAUCUCUACAGACAUGGCCUGCAAUCAAGCUUCAAGUCAUGUUUGGUGGGACUUGUUCAAUCCAACACAUGCAGUGAACUCUAUCCUAGCUGAAGCAGCAUGGUCUAACCAACCUAUACCAGAUCUUUGUCGUCCUUUCACCAUCCAUGAAUUAGUCAACACCAAAACCUAGCAUUUAACUUCUACAAGAUUCAUUCAUAAACCUGAGUUUCAAAACAUAUUAAGUUACAGAAUACAGCCAUAACGUAACACCUUGAUUGUAGCAUAAAAGAA